GCAGUCGGCUGUGCGCACGGCCCCACGCACAGAGCUUGAGGUCCUCGGUGCGCGUGGGUCGGGUCCUCGCGUUGUGCGGGGACGCGACGAGCAGCAAUGGCGCUCAGCGUUCGAGUCGUGUAUUGUGGAGCUUGAGGCUAUAAGCCCAAGUAUCUCCAGCUCAAGGAGAAGCUAGAACAUGAGUUCCCCGGAUGCCUGGACAUCUGUGGCGAGGGGACUCCCCAGGUCACCGGGUUCUUUGAAGUGACAGUAGCCGGGAAGUUGGUACACUCCAAGAAGAGAGGUGAUGGCUAUGUGGAUACAGAGAGCAAGUUCCGGAAGUUGGUGACCGCCAUCAAAGCCGCCUUGGCUCAGUGCCAGUGAGCCCUAGAGGCAGGUCCUGAAAACUCCUGGCCGGCCUUGCUUGGCAGCCGCUUCAUGACAGGAAGGACUGAAAUGUCUCAAAGACCUGUGGUCUUUCCUCGAUGUUCCUGCGGCCACCGAGUCAGGCCAGAGAUGGAUUCUGUGUGGGCGCCUCCGCGGAAUCUACCUGUGCACCUGCCCUGCCCUCCCGCCCUCCCGCCCUCCCGCCCUGGCCUCUCUCCUCGUCCUCACCUCUCUCCUUGUCCUCACCUCUCCUCAUUCCCUCGUGUUUCCCACCCGCCUUCCAUCCUUGCUUUCCCUUCUCCUCCCCAAGACCGUGAGAAGACGGGCGGCCCUGUUGCCAGGCGUUCCUGGUUGAAUAAAGGUCGGGUGAAGCAA